AUGGUGUCGAUCAAUUUCCACUCACGCUCUCGUGCAAAGAGAAAGUGUCAUCACCGUGGUUACAGUAAGAAUACAAUGGAGGCGAUGGAUCGAAAAAUGAAAAAUUUAAUGAGAAGGCUGAAAAUGUUAAAACGCUUGCUAAAAAAGUUAUGUUAUAACAAGAAGAUGGAAAAACACGUGUACCAUGACAUGCUCAUGAAGGUGAAAGGAAAAGUUUACAAGAACAAGCGUGUUCUUUUGGAAAGCAUGCACAAGUUUAGCAGGGAGAGAAAGUUUGCUAUAAGCUGUGACAAGCCAUUGGCUCAGGAGCCUGAAGGAGAGAAUGCUGCACCAGCAUCAGCACCUUAA